CUCGAAAUGACCGGGUUUUGACAAGAUGGCUGACUCCAUUUGAAAAAGUACAAGCACUACGUAGGUGGAUGCUCCGUUUGAUUGCUGAACUUUCUCAGGAAUGACUUCUUUUCGGAUGCUCACCUUUCUCUGUCCAAUCCAAGGGAAACUAUUGAUGAGCGAAGCGGUGUCAAGGAUGUACUGUUGAUACUCGUCUCCAAAGCACGGACAUGAGGAUUUGGGGCUCUGUCGAGUUCUAAGAUAUCAUUCAGACUGACGCCGUGGCUUUGACUUUUUGGUAUCUACCCUCAUCUCAAACCGACCGGCUGCGGCAGAACCUGGAUUCUGUUUGAGGUUGCUUUCUUCGAAGGAAGUGCUUGCUCAUGGGGUUUGAGAAUUGUGCACCCGAGAAGGAUUGUCGGCGUUAUUCUAUUAAGGGAAAAACAAAGCGAAGAAGAGAGAGCGGACGGCGUUUGAAACUGAGACUGGACACACCUCUUCCUCCCCCUCAUGAUCAUCAGCGUCACCAUCCUCAUCCUCGCCGUCGUCGAGCCUCAGUCGACGUCUCCGCCUGAAGCGCAGGCACCUCGGGAUGUUGCGUGCUCCCCGCGGGAGACGCUCUAAAUGGGCCACGCAGCGUGCCAAGACACGCUAGGAGACGCAGACAACGCGGGAGGGAUGCUUCGGUCUUGGUGGCGGUCUGUGGUCCUGCUUAGCUUCGUCUCUGUGCCCCCCGCCGGCGCCGAUGCCCUCCUGUCAGCGCCGCUCAAUGUGACCAUUAGGGAGAUUGAGGUCAAUUCGGCCGUGGUCACAUGGGAGACGUUGGAGGGAGACCCCGUCAUCGGAUUCGCCAUCACUCAGCAGAAGAAGGACGUGCGCAUGCUGCGGUUCAUUCAGGAAGUGAACACCACCACACGCUCGUGUACCCUGUGGGGUUUGGACGAGGACACGGAGUACAUCGUCCACGUUCAGAGCAUCAGCAUGGGUGGGAGCAGUCCCCCCAGUGACGCCGUUCUCUUCCGAACCCCCAAAGAAUCAGAGAAGUUGGCGUCCAAGAGUCCGGACGAAAUAACACUGGAGGAAAUGAGCCAGGCCACUCAGCUCCGGGCUGGUGAAGUCAUCAUCAUCGCGGUGGUUCUUGUCAUGUGGGCAGGCGUGAUUGCGCUGUUCUGCCGUCAGUAUGACAUCAUCAAAGACAACGAGCCCAAUAACAACAAAGACAAGGCCAAGAACUCGUCGGAGUGCAGCACUCCCGAGCAUCCGCAGGGGGGGCUCCUGCGCAGCAACGUUUGACGUCCGCUCUCCGGCUGCCGACCCCGCAAUAACUUAACCCCCUCGAACCUCAGGACAGAGCCUGAGAGGCAUUCUGCAACCAAACGCGCCGAGAUGCAGAUUCAAUGUUCAACUCCACUUGGCACAAUGAAGAAUUGUGGGAAAUAUCAAAGGAUUCCAACAAGGGCAGCAACGGAGGACAUAAAUCACGUUUAUUGUGAUCAAAAGCAGCCCCUAACCGUGCAUACGUUUGACUCGCUUCCAAAAUCCCAUUCCUGGCCGUCCCAUCUGUCGUUUUUUUUUUUUUGGGCCGUUGCCGUGGAUUCGCCUUUGUGUCAACGUCGCUUUGGGUGAUGCGCGUCCUCGCCAUCUUUCGGGCUUGCGGGCCGCCCUUGACAUUUCAGGAAUAAAACGUGACAGUUUUUUUUUUUUUUUUUUUUUUAACAGCACACCACGCCGUACUCCCCGCGGCGGCCGCGACUGACGGAAUAAAAUUCCGAGGAUCGUUCCGUCAUAAAGAUUUUAAAAGUGACGUCUCACUACUUUUUAAACGAGCUUCCGUGCACUUUGACGUCCGGACGUUAACUUCUUGCACUCGUAAACUUUUAAAUGGCCCCCGCGUGGGAUGGAAAAUGACCGUAAUCGCGAUCGGGCACUUUGUAGCUUUCGGGAUGGGAUUAAUGCAUACAUAAUGCAUAAUGUGCAUAAUGGACACAAUCCGCAACACGAACUUAACCUCAUUUUGCGGCUGUCGGGGGGCCAAUGAAGGACAACGAUUCGCAUUUCAGGCCAAGAUGGAUAGAAGAAAGCUCAUUUGAGGUUGAGCUUCUUUUUUUUUUUUUUUUUUAACAUUGUGGCAUUGAGAUGAUAAAGCACUAUGCUAUCCGCAGUGUAUUCGUGUAUGAAUUAUUGUUCUUCAGUGACACCAAAUGUAUUUGCAAAAGCCAGUGGAGAAGUGUGCUGUGAGAACUCCAAUCUAUAACAAAUAAGAUUCCCUUAUACUGUACCGGUGGUGGUGUAUCGGUCUUCUUUGCCGCUUAUCCUCACAAGGGUCACGGGGCGUACUGGAGCAUAUCCCGGCUGUCAACGGACAGGAGGCGGGGUGCACCCUGAACUGGUCGCCGGCCAAUCACAGGGCACAUAGAGACAAAUAGUCGUACUCGCAAUCACACCUAUGUGCAAUUUAGGGUGUCCAAUUAAUGUUGCAUGUUUUGGGGAUGUGGGAGAAAACCGAAAAUCCGCGCAGGCACGGGGAGAAAUGCAAACUCCACAGAAGCGGGGUCGGGAUCGAACCCGGGUCCUCAGAACUGUGAGGCCAAUGCUUUACCAUUGUUUGGAUGGAUGUGUAUGGAGAGGUGGAAAACUUAGCUUAGUGCCCCACACCCAGACACAAAAUAGUAAUUGGUAGUGCCCCCCCCAGCCCCCAAAUCACUUAAACCUUGUAACACCACCCCCCCCCGACCCCCACUUAUGUUGACAAUUGAUUUACAAAAUAAAUACAACGAUUAAAAAAAAAAAGGAACAUUUAGUUGUUUGACUCGUGGCAGCCCAAUGGAUCAGCUGGUAAAGCGUUGGCCUCACAGCUCUGAGGACCCGGGCUUGAUCCAGGGUACGCCUUUGUGGGAUUUGCAUGUUCUCCCCAUGCCUUCGUGGGUUUUCUCUGGGUGGGCACUCUGCUUUCCUCCCACAUCCCAAAAACAUGCAUCAUUAAUUGGACACUCCAAAUUGCCCCUAGGUGUGAUUGUGAGUGCGAUUGUUUGUCUCUAUGUGCCCUGCGAUUGGCUGGCAACCAGUUCAGGGUGUACCCCGUGUCCUGUCCGUUGACAGCUCGGAUAGGCUCCAACACUCCCCGCGACCCUUGUGAGGAUAAGCGGCAAAGAAAAUUGGAUGUUUGACUCGUGUACCCCGCUUGUUCUCCUAGUGGGCUGAAUUGUCCUACCAGUGAGGGCAAAGAGCAUAUUCGUACAUGUCCACCACGAGUCGGCUGUCCAAAAAGGCUUGAAUGUCAUGUCAUAUCUUCCUCUUAUUGCGUAUGUUUUAUCUCUGACACCCACGCAGCCUCCCCCCCUCCCUCCCUUUUCUCAUUAUCUCCACUCCCGAGCCCCGACUCCCAUUAGUCCGCCUUCUCCGCAUCAGCGCUUUUCCACCUCAUUUGCCCUCACCGCCGCCCGUGUGUCCUUUUGAUUGUUUAGCGCGUGUUGUCAAUAAAAUGUCACGGGAAAGAAAAGUGUCAUAUUAUGUUUAUUAUUGUAACGCCUCGCGUGCAGUGGUGUAGAACUCCCAUCUUAUCAAUUCCGUCUUGUGUUCCUAAUGUUGUGCCUGUUGAGUGUGAUUUUUACGUUUAUUUUUUUUCAAGCUCUGAAUGAACCUCACUUUUGUUCCACUACAACACAGAUCGAUAAAUUGUGGUAUGAUACAAACACCUGUGUAGAAUUGAUUGUUGCUUGAUUCUGUUAAAGCAGGGGUGUCAAACUCAUUUUCUUCACGGGCCACAUUGUAAUUGCAGUUUCCCUCAGAGGGCUGUUAUGGCUGGGAAAGAACAAAAAUCUUGAACCGGCUCAUCAUAUUUACACAUGAAAUUUAUGAACUGGUUUUGGAAUUUAUAGUAAUGGUAACACAAAAAAAUGCUAGAAAUAUCUCAAUGUUAUCAUUUAUGAUAUGACAAUUUUAAAAUGUUGUUACAGAUUUGAACAAAAAAACUCAUACGCAUGAUUUGCCUCCGCGGGCCACAUAAAAUCGUGUGGCGGGCCGGAUCUGGUCCCCGGGCCUUGAGUUUGACACCUGUGUUAUAAAGCAACUAAGGGAAAAUGGAGUGCACUGUUUUUGUAUAAAUCCUUUUUUUCUGCAUUUUUUUUUUUGAAAAAAAAAAAAAGUUAAUUGAUGUUUAAAAAAAUCAUAUCUACAUUGCAUCUACAAAUUUAACAACAGUUACAAAAAAAAAAAAAAAAGCUAAUUUUCUCCAUUGUCAAGUGAGGAAAUUAAGUCAAACGCCUGUCCUAUUUUCCAGGAAAAUGUCAAUGUUCAAGUAUGGAUCACAUAUGUAUUAUCGAGAAAUAAAUAUUUUCAACGU